AUGGCCUACCGCAGGUCGGCGAUGGUAACCGGGGGAGCCGGAUUUAUUGGUUCCCACCUGGUUGACCGACUGGUGGAAGAGAACUAUCGGGUGAUCAUCGUUGACGAUCUCAGCACCGGCAAGCUGAAGAAUCUCAACCACGAUGCCACCUUCCACCACAUGAGCAUCACCCAGCCCACCUUUCCUGAUGACCCCAUCCUCGACAACGAGGUCAACGUGCAGGGCACCCUGCGGCUGCUGGAAGCGUCGCGCCGAGCCGGUGUCGAGAAGAUCAUCUACUCCUCGACCGGCGGCGCCCUCUACGGUGAGCCCGAGGUGGUUCCCUGCCCCGAUGACGCCCCGGUUCUCCCCAUCUCGCCCUACGGGAUGUCCAAGUACAUUGGUGAGCAGUACCUGGAUUUCUACUCCCGCCAAUACCGCCUGAACUAUACGACCCUGCGCUACGGAAACGUGUACGGCCCUCGCCAGGACCCGUUCGGCGAGGCAGGCGUGAUCGCCAUUUUCAUUUCGGCCAUCCUGAGCGGCAAGCGGCCCCGCAUCUUCGGCGACGGCAACCAGACCCGGGACUUCGUAUGCGUCGACGAUAUCGUCGAGGCCAACAUUGCCGCCAUCCACAGGGGCCACCGCAGGUCACUGAACGUGGCCACCGGCGAGUUGACCAGCGUGAACCGUCUCUACGAAAUGCUGAAGGAGAUCGUGGGCUUCCGCUGGGAUGCAGAACACGGGCCGGCCAGGGCGGGCGACGUUUACCGGAUCAGCCUCGACUGCUCCAGGGCCGAGGAGGAACUGGGGUGGGUCCCGAAGACCAGCUUGGCCGAAGGGUUGGCCCGGACGGUAGCCUACCUCAGGGAAGCCGCGCAGGCGGAGGGAGUGCUCCCAGGCUAG